AUCCUCGGCUAUCAGCAGCUGGUUCGAUCAGGUUCGGUUCGGCUCCUCCGGAAUCGACGGUCCUUCUCCUCAAAUCCUUUGUUCAACGCGGUUUACGCGCGCAUUUUGUGAAUGAUCGGGUCGUCUCCAUUCACAGCCCGCACCAGAACUCGGUCUCAGUCCUCGAAGAACCGUCCCGAAGUGCAGACCAGUCGGCCACCUCUCCUUCUCCAGAGCCUCGUGGCAUCGCCGGAAGUAAGUACAAAGUGAAAACGAGAAUGUCCGUCAGCGAAGAAACGCUCGAGCUAAUGAAGGCGGCCAUCCGGAACGGCACCAACCCGGACGGAACGUUGGUGCGAUCGAAGCUCACGAACAUGCUGGUGUGGAAGUCGGCCGAGCAUGACGCGGACGAUCCGUACCUGCAGUGUUUGGUUCCGGCCCUGUUUACGGACGAUGUUCCGGUCCUAGCCGUGCCCGAGGAAAAUUUGCAGCAGCAGCUGCUGCCGCCGGUGCCAGUGCCACUACCGCUGAAAGCAGCGCAGCCACUUCCGGUUCCGAAGCGUGGAGGACGAACCGUCCUGGGCGAGAUUCAGGCGCCGAACGGGCAGACGAAGAAGCCUGGCCUGAUGGCCACCGGCGAGAAGAUUGGCAUGAGCAUGAAGCCGCAGACCGCGAUCGCCACCAGCGUGGCCAAGCAUGAAAAGGAAAACAAACUCAACUGGCAGGACCAGUGGGAGCUGCUGAAGAAGUCCGGACAGUUUUGCAACUUUUGCAAAAAGAACAAGGAACUCCGUGAGAUCUACCAGUCGCAUGACCUGAAGGGACCCGACGGAACGGUCACCUGUCCGGUGCUGAAGCGCUGCGUUUGUCAGUGCUGCGGCGAGCAAGGCCACACCAUCGCUUAUUGUCCCCGGAACGCGUCGGGCACCAGCAUCCUCCAGAUGAUUAACCAUCACAAUCGACUGUGAGCCUCUCGUCCCGGCAGGUAGGAGCUAGGAUCAGGCUAACUUUGCACGAAACUAGAAUGACGCGUACGAUCGAUUGUUUACCCGCUCUUAUUUGAGCUUCGCGUGUUUUGUUUUUUGGUCCCUUGAAUGUUAUUUAUUCUUAAUUUAUUUAACUUAUUCGACUCUCGUUAGGUUUAAGGAAAAGGGAAAGUUUCUCCAUCGAAACACGCAAUCCGCGUUGAAAUGCGCAAUCGAGCGCAUUCUAAAUGUUAUUUAUUCUAUUUAUUUAACUUAUUCAACUAACGUUUUGAUACUAAUUUUCUACAAAAUUGAUAGCACUUUUACAAAUCGUAUCCUCAACAAGCUCUAAUCAGCCAACGCUUAGCGAACCACUAAUCUCUAACAUAGAUUUAAGACAAAGUGAACCUAAUAUAUAUUUCUAAUCAAUUUUCGAAGAACCACAAUGUCCGACCACAAGAGAGAAAAAAUACAAUUCAUUCAGCAUUC